AGGUUUAAUUCCUCUGUCAGGCAGUGAGACUGAGGAUGAUGAUGGUAUGGAUAUUCCGCUAGACCUCUCCUCCACUGCUGGCUCAGGGAAAAGGAGGAGGCGUGGAAAUCUACCCAAAGAGUCAGUACAGAUUCUUCGAGACUGGCUGUAUGAACAUCGAUACAAUGCCUACCCCUCAGAACAAGAGAAGGCUCUUCUGUCCCGGCAGACUCAUCUCUCUACGCUACAGGUCUGUAACUGGUUCAUCAAUGCACGGCGUAGACUGUUGCCUGAUAUGUUAAGAAAAGAUGGCAAGGAUCCGAAUCAGUUCACCAUUUCUCGAAAAGGGGCCAAAAUCACUGAUGUGAUCCAGAUGGACUCUCCCACGGGGACAAAGCCCUACAUUCCCACUAUAGAUGAAAACUCUUUUCGCAUCAGUUCAACAGGAUCUAACCAGAACUCAGGGAAGUUACUGGCCUCUCAACUGUCUUCUCAGCAGUCUCUCCUGGCUCGCCCCUCAGUCAUCUGUCAUACCACUGUAACAUCACUAAACGAUGCUCCUUUCAACUUCACCCAUGUGUUGAAUGCUGGACAGAUCCCAGACCAGCAGCAGACCGAGGCAAACAACCUAACAGAGACCUCACUUGUAUGCCACGAAGACACUAUUAAACUAGGACAAAACACAAGCGGACUUUUCAACACUCCUCCACCUACACCACCAGAUCACAAUCAGGAUUUCAGUGGCUUCCAGUUAUUGGUUGAUGUUGCCCUCAAGCGAGCAGCAGAGAUGGAGUUGCAGUCGAAAUUAUUGUCCUAA